UGACACGCAGCGGCGAAAUCAAAAACUGGGAAAUACAACAAUGCUAUUGCGUUCGUGAGCCUCUGCUGUUUUGGACUUGAAAAUCGUAUUUUAGACGUUUGGUCAUAGGUAUUUUAAUAUUUCACAAUGGAGCCAGAAAAAGCUUUCGAUGAGAAUUAUGAGUACAACUGCCCAAGAUUUGUAGAUUUCUCUGUACCUCACGUAAUCGACGACAACGCAGACGAAUAUUUUGACAUUGCUCAUGAGGGGAAAGAUGGCCAGUAUGAUUUCAUGGCUGAGGCAGACGGCCAAAUCCCAGAAGAAUUUGAAAAUCCUGGACCCCCAUCGGAUUGUAGAAGCCAAGAAAGCAGAGGAGAAGAGAGGAUCUCUGAAGUACCACCUCCAUGUCAGAAGGAGACAGAAUCAGUUGAGCAUCUGCAAGAAACAACAACAAACUCGAUACAAGAUACAGAGGGUGAACAUGAGUAUCAAACAAAAAACAAUGAGACUGGACACAUAGAUCAAAAUGUAGAGCACAUAACAGACAAUGAAAACACAGUUGUGGAAGCAGCAGCCCCAAUGAGGGAAGAAGAUGAUGACAGGGUAGAUCAACCGGUCCAAGAUGAAAUCCCAAGCCCAGAGGUCAAGGAGAUGAUGGAACAUGUGCAAGAACCAGUCUGUGAAGACUCACCUAUGAACACCGAGGUGGAGAACCCAAUGACAGAAGCUCCGGAGGAGAGUACAGACCAGGAGAUGCCUGUGCUGGAGCUGAAUACAGCGCCAGCGGUUGAGGAGGAGGAGGAGGAAAGUGAAAUGAUGUAUACCCAAGAGAAGCCAUUGGUGAAGGAAGAAGAAACACAUGUGGAAGAGAAGCAGAUGGAGGUUGUUGAUGAGACAUCAGUUACGAGGGAUAGCCCAGAGAGCCCGCAGGUGGAAACACAUGAUGCAGAAAUUCCUCCUGCAGUCAUUCCAAGCAAUAUUGCACCAGUAGUCAAACCUAAGAACCUGGUAACAUCGUGGGGAAACAGUAACACAGAUAAAACUACUGGUGCUAAGGAGACGAGAUCGAGACGAUCCACACGGAGAUCAACUCGUUCUCUGAACAGUGAUGUGAGUCAGUUGAAGAGAGCGUCUGCUGGCAGCAACAUGCAGCGAAGAUCGCUCCGUGUCCACAAUAAAUCCAGCCAAUCACCAGCUUUGAAGAAGAGGCGUGUUUCUGACAGGGCUCAGAGCGGCGGCAAGAAGAACACACCAGUGACUACAGCAAAACUUGUCUCCAAGUCUUUCAUCCCUAAACUGACUUUACCUUCUACUCCCACAUUCAUGAAGCGUAACAACACCAAACCUGGUGCCCAGUUCAAGACCGCAGAGCAGAUAGAGAUGGAGAAAAUUGCAGGAUUCCGCAAGCAGCUAGCAGCUCGUAAGAAGCAAUCCCAGGCCUCCUAUAAGAUGGUACAGGGAUCUAGUGCUUACCAUGCAGUCAAGGCUGUUGUCCCAACCACCAAGCCUGUAGGAUUCACGUUUGAGACAGAUCAGAGGAUCAAAGAACAUCCUAUGGCCACCCGGCAAGAUGCUAAAACCUUUGAGAGUGAUCUACGUGGAAAAAUAUCACCGGCCAAGGUCCCCCAUGGUCCCACUGUUCCUAAACCAUUCAAGCUCACAGACAACAGGAAACGAAAGCUUGGGGAGGGAGGAGAGGGAAGCAAGAACUCACCCUACUGCUCCAUGGCAACGAGGAUCCAACAAUUCCACAACAAGACUCCGCAACGUUUUCACACCAGACGCAGUGGGGAUCACAGAGAUAAUUCCAUGCAUAAAGAGGAAGUGCCGAAGCCCAGGCUGACCCACCCUAAGACCCCCAACUUGGAAUGCAGGAAUCGGAAGCGUGUCAUCACUGUACAGAGCACAGCGGAGAGGGAAGAACAAGAGCUACAAGAAAUGCAAAGUUAUAAAUUCAAGGCCAAGCCAGUGAACCCCAAAGUGAUGAGCAAUCUGAACAUUGGACUUAAGAUGCCUACCCACAAGGAACCUACCAAGGCUAUAGGAUUCAACCUGGAGAGUGAGAGACUGAUGAAGGAACGAGCUACAAAGAAAGCUCAAGAGGAAGAGCAGAAAGAAGAGGAACAUUAUGAAUUCCACGCCAGACCAGUGUCCACUAAGAUGCUAGAAGGACCAGUGGGUAUUGGUGCAGCCAAGCCACGCUCACUGACUUGCCCCAAGUCUCCUGCCUUUGCUUUGAAGAACAGGGUCAGGGUUAAGGAGGACGUCAUCGUCGAACCCGAGGAGCCCAAAUCUCGUAUCAUCCAUGCCAAGCCAAUCCUCCAUGUAGGAGUACCCUUCAAGCCUCAGACCACCCAUAAGACGACUGAGAUUCAACCGUUCUCCUUUGAGCAGCGUGAUAAAGAGACCCAAGCUCGCAAGGAAGCCAAGAUACAGGAGAUCUAUCAGGAAGAGGAGAAGGCUCGUCUAUUCAAAGCUAAGCCCAUCCUUGAGCCAGUGUCUAUGCCUGAGAAGAAGGUCAAACCUGUGACCAAGCUUGAACCAUUCCAGCUUGGUAACGAAGAGAAGGGAGCUAAGAGGGCCGAGAUGUGGAGCAAGAAGAUUGAGGAGGAGCUGAAUGAGCAGAGAGCUAUGGCUAAUGCAUUCAAAGCUAAACCAGCUGAUGUGGUGUAUAAUCAACCGUUUGUACCCCAGAAACCAAACAAACCUCUAACAGAGAUCGAUGCCUUUGACCUGAACACUGACCGACGUGCCGUGGAACGGGAGGGAUUCGAGCAGUGGAAGAUGAAGAAAGAUCUCGAUGAACGAGAGAGUCGUUGUCAGCUAGAGAAGCUUAAAGAGGAGGAGGAGAGAAAGGAGAUAGAGAGGAUGAGACGGGAGGACAUGCACCAUAAAGCCCAGCCUGUCAAGCAUUAUAAACCAGUCCAUGUCAUGCCUAGUCUAAAACCGCUUACUGAUGCGUGUAGUCCUAACUUCUCUGAUAGGUUCCAAAAGUAGAUUAGGACUCAGUACCCCACAGUCCUUCUCUUGAAACACUAUAAACCAGUCCAUGUCAUGCCUAGUCUAAAACUGCUCACUGAUGCAUGUAGUCCUAACUUCUCUGAUAGGUUCCAAAAGUAGAUAAGGACUCAGUACCUUCCACAACCCCCCCUCUUCAAACACUAUAAACCAGUCUAUGCCAUGCCUAGUCAAAAACUACUUACUGAUUUUGCAGUCCAAACUUCUUCCAAAGGUAUAGAGAUCCCUGUUUCUGGCUUGCAUAUGAAUAAACUGUUUUGUUCUGGAUGGAUUGUGUAAUCUUUGCUCCUUUACCCAAUGGUCUGCAUUGGCUUUAGAUACCAUGUUUUAAUAUCCUCUUGUGUGUAUACAUGUAUGUCAACAAGAGAGAGUCAUAAUUAUAUCUGAAUUACUAUAAUCUAGACUAUGUUUGGAUGUGCUUCUUCUCUUAAAAGAACAUGAACUAACAGCAGUUUUAUAUCUAUAAGUCACAUUAAUGGAAUUUAUAACCGUUUAGGUACUUUAACAAUUACUUGAUGUAAAUGAGCCUGGUUCUGGAGUAUGUUUAAUUAUUUGAAGUGUAACAUUGUGGAAAAUAUAAUUCAGAUUUGAGCUGUUUAUAGAGUGUACAUAGUGAUAUUGAUUGCAGACCUAACUUUGAAGACCAGUUUACUAAUUGUUACUUGUAAUAGAGUUACAUUGGGUGACUUUUGGGUCAUACAGUUAUAACAAUAUUUUCCCCCCUUUUUUUUUUGUUUUAAAAUUCUACUAUCUUGUAAAUAAUGAGAGAAGUGUGUGUGGUCAAUGAAGAAACACUGUUUUGAUUGCAAAGAUUAAAAUUGAAUUGACAUUGAGAAGAAUCACACAGUUGGGUGAACACAUGAUCUGUAGGCAUUCUCAAGAGAUUACCAAUGGACAAGAAUUACCAUUGCUAAUCAAGAAUUACAUUGAGCCAUAGUGCCUACAGAUGCCAUUUCUAUGUUUACUUUUAUGUGUAUAUUGUAUUUUUAACAAGAAAAACAGCAAUUAUUAGACCAUUCAUUUGAAAAUGACUGCGGUUCAGCAACAAACAAGUGUAAUGAGACUAAUCUAAAGCUAAUCUGUAUCUGGUGCAAGAUGGAAAGGUGUUGCAUGAAAAGAAAGAAUGUAUGGCCUUACAAUUAUAUGGUCUUUUCUUACUGUGUAAGCAAAUACAUAUAUGUAUAUAUUCACACAAGUCUGUAUCUAAAUGAGAAAAAGAAAAUAUUGUGUUAUUGAAUAUUUCUUCAUUGUAUUAUAGGCUGUUAUUAUCAAAGUGAACCAAACUUAUCCUAACAUAUUUGCCAUCAGUUUGUGUGAACAAAAUACAGUGGAACUUUAUUAUAACAAACUUCUUGUUGAAUUAAUACUUGUUUUGGACAGGAGUUUAUAAAAACAAUAUAAUAUUUAGUAGUUUGACUGGCAAAAUUAUCUUUUCUUCACUAAAGUUUGUUAUUGGAGUGUAUAUAACAAGUUUUUAAUUGAAUUUUUUUAAAUAGAAAUAUUGAUAUGUCGUAGAUCUAUUCAGCCUCCAUUUAGCUAAACCUGUUAAGUCUAAGGUCUCACCCUGAUUUAUUCCUAUGUAAAUGACUUAAAAGCUUUCCAUUAUAUCUGUAGAUGAAGUCUUAUAGAACCUGCUUGUGAAUAUGAGCUAAAUCAAAGGUAGUUUAGUUUAAAUUAAAAUUUGCAGUAAAGAAUGUUGUUUGAAUAGUCUCAAGUAGAACAUUCAUGCUUACAGGUUAUAUCAUUCAUUUUCUAAUGUAUGUGUAAAAGGGGAUAACAGUGAGUUCUGGACAUGCUUUUUGCCACUUGUUAUUCAAUGAUUUUUACCUACAAAUUUGGAUGUAGCCUUUUCGAAGCAUUUUGUAGUCUUAAAAUUAAAAGAAGAAUUGUUUAUGUGUGUUAAUUUAUCAGAAAUACCUAAUGCGUAUGGUGUGGAAACGUGAAGUCUUGUUCAAACCUGAGAAGAACAACGGGGAGAUUUUUUGUAAUUACAUGUACAUCUACUUGCAGACAUUUAUUUUACGAAAAUGUGUACAAAGCAUUUAGAUAAUGAAUAUUUUCACUAAAAGCUGAACUUCUCUGUAAUGACCUGAAUUAUUCCUGUGUACAGUAUGAAAAUAUUUCACAAUCCAAUCCUGUUUUGUACAAAAGAGUGGAGAGACAUUUUAUUAUUUUUUUGUUCUUCUUCUUUUUCUUUAUUUAUCAUCGAUCUUGCUGUGUUUGAGGAAAAAUUUAAUGGUGAUGAUUGCACAUAAUAUACAAAUGCCCUAUUAGUAAGUUAGCAGUUUUCACUAGAUCCUAACGGAGAAAUCAUUGUAUUUAAUCUUGACAUGUAUUGGCCGAGUUCAGACAUACUUGCACUUUAAGUUGUUGUGUUCAAUUCCUCUUUUGCAGGAUUUUAUGUGAACACGUCUGACAGGUUCAUGUAACAUUGAUGUUAUUUUUAAAACUAUCUUUGGCAUGAUUUUUAAAUAGUUUUUAAAACUGAGUCAAAUACAUGAAUUGAGGAGACAAAGGGAUAACAGACAAGCGAGGAAAAUGACAGCUUUAACAUAACAUUUGAAAUCAAAGCCUCAUGAAGUCCAUAUUUUAGGUUGUGGUUUGUGUAUAAAGAAGAAUUAGACUUAAAAAUAAAAACUGAUCUUUUCAUGUA